AAUAAAUCGGAAAAACGCACGCGGACAAUCAGACCCCUCGCGGACGGCUCACCACGGGGGGUGUGUGGGUCCACUCGACUUCAUUUACGACCCCGCCAGGUCGCAGAGUGCUUUUUUGUUGUUGUUUUUUUUGGCAAGAGCCCAACCCGAAAUUCGGGCCGAGUCGGAUCAAAACUGUUUGCUUUAUUGUCGGGUCGAGUCGGACCUGGGCUUCUGUGGCACGCGCGUUAAGGACGCCUGCAAAACGUACAGCACAGAGAAAAACGAAUUAGAGUGCGUGACAUGAAGUUGUGUCAAUCUACUUCUUGUAGCAAUUAGAGUUGGCUGUUUACUCUGUUGAAGACAGAAAGAAAGUAAGGUCUGCCGGGCCGGAGCCGACCCCCGUGGGAUUGUGGGGUGAGCAGGAGCCACCAUGGGGUCAGGAGGUCAGGUCAGGCUCCUGCUGUGGAAGAACUGGACCAUCCGCAGGCGGCAGAGGAUCCGGUUCUUCAUGGAGAUCAUGUGGCCUGUGAUGCUGUUCAUGGGACUGGUGUGGCUGAGGAGAGUGAACCCGCUCUACCGUCAACAUGAAUGCCACUUCCCUAACAAGGCCAUGCCCUCAGCCGGCAUCCUGCCGUGGAUCCAGGGAAUCGUCUGCAACGCUAACAACCCCUGCUUUCAAUAUCCCACCCGUGGCGAAUCUCCGGGUCUGGUGUCCAACUACAACAACUCCAUACUGGCCCGGUUCUACUCGGACGCAGAGGAGCUUCUUUUCAGUGACCCCGAGUUUCUGCAGGUCGGUCGCCUGUGGAGGGAACUGAACGCCAUGAGCAACUUUAUGGACACGCUGCGCACGCAUCCCAAAAAGGUCGCAGGUCGCGGAGUGAAGGUGGAGGCGAUCCUGAAGGACGACGAAACCUUGACGUCCUUCCUCCUGAGAGACAUUCCCCUGACGGAGUCUGUGGUGGAUCAUCUAGUCAAUGCCCAAAUCAGGCCUGAACAGUUUGCCUUCGGGGUGCCAGACUUGCAUUUGAAAGACAUUGCCUGCAGCCUCAGCCUCCUGGAGCGAUUCCUGAUUUUCCAGAGCCAUAGAGGACUCUAUUCCGUUCGGAACGCCAUGUGCAUCCUGACCCCACAAAGGCUGCAGAUCAUCGAAGACAGAUUUUAUGCCAACAUGGAUUUUUUCAAACUCUUUCGACUGCUCCCUCGCGUCCUGGAUAAUUACUCUGACGGGAUUGACAUUCACUUCUGGGUACGGAUCGUCUCCACCGCUUCGGACAGACUGCGAGAUCUGUUCCACAGGAACAGCUCCAUGGAGUUCAUCCAGGUCGUAACGCCUCUGUUCCAGAAGAAUCUGUCCUUCAGGGAGGUGAUGGCUGCUGCCUCCAGCCUUGUAUGCGGCUACACAGAGGGGGCUUUCUCCAGAGUCGCUUCUUUUAACUGGUAUGAAGACAACAACUACAAAGCCUUCCUGGGAAUCAGCAGCGGCUGGGCCAAGGGUGACUACACAUAUGACAACAGCACCACUCCUUUCUGCAAUGACUUGAUGAAGGAACUGGAGUCCAAUCCUGCCACACGGAUUGUCUGGAACUCUGUGAAGCCAAUGCUGAUGGGACGGAUCCUCUACGCUCCAGACUCACCAGCUGUCAAGCAAAUCAUAAGAAAUGCAAACACAACGUUUGAGGAGCUGGAGAGGCUGAGGAUGAUGGGAAAGGCCUGGGAGGAAGUGGCUCCUCAGAUCUGGGCUUUUUUCCAAGAUGGAGUGCAAGUCAAGAUGAUCCGGGUGGGACAACAUCGCAGUGUGGCUGGAUAAAUAACUUGCCAGCUUAUCUCGCACCAGAUCCGCUCCUUGUGACAUGGGAGAUGUGCACGAUGACGAUCUUUAUCACUGCUGCCAUUCAGCUGGAAAGAUAUCUUCAACCUCACUGACCGGGUCAUUCGGAUGCUCAAUCAGUACGGGGAUUGUUUAAUUCUUGAUAAAUUCAUAGCUCUACCUGAUGAAGAUGCGGUCACUUAUCGGGCCUUGGACCUGUUGGAGGGAGGCAAGUUCUGGGCGGGCCUCGUCUUUACAAACAUGUUCUCUUGGACCACCAGCGUUCCCCCUCAUGUCAAGUUCAAGAUCCGAAUGGACAUCGACAUAGUGGAGCGCACCAACAAAGUCAAAGACAGAUACUGGGACCCAGGCCCCAGAGCUGAUCCUAUGGAUGAUUUCCGCUACAUCUGGGGCGGCUUUGCUUACCUCCAGGACAUCAUAGAGCAUGGGAUUAUCAGGACUCAUACAGGAAAAGAGUGGCCUUUGGGUGUCUACCUACAGCAGUUCCCCUAUCCCUGCUAUGUGGAUGACCUUUUCAUGCUGACGUUGAAUCGCUGUUUCCCCAUCUUCAUGGUUCUGGCUUGGGUCUACUCCGUGUCUAUGGUAGUUAAGAGCAUAGUUCUGGAGAAGGAACUCCGCUUGAAGGAGACCCUGAAAACCAUUGGGGUCACCAAUGGUGUCAUUUGGUCCACCUGGUUUAUCGACAGCUUUUUCAUGAUGGGCACCAGCACCGCUCUAUUGACUGCCAUCAUCAUGGGAGGGAGGGUUCUGAACUACAGCGACCCUGUCAUCCUUUUCCUCUUUCUACUCUCGUUCACCACUGCCACCAUCAUGCAGUGCUUCCUGUUCAGCGUCUUCUUUAACCAGGCCAACCUGGCAGCUGCCUGCUGCGGCAUCAUCUACUUCACCCUCUACUUGCCACACAUCUUCUGCUUCGCCUGGCAGGAGCGCAUCACCAAAGACAUGAAGAUCAUGGCGAGUCUGCUGUCCCAAGUGGCAUUUGGCUUUGGUACAGAGUAUCUAUCCCGAUAUGAGGAGCAAGGGAUGGGCCUGCAGUGGGACAACAUCCAGACCAGUCCUUUGGAGGGAGACGAGUUCUCCUUCCUCACGUCCAUCUGCAUGAUGGGCUUGGACACGAUUCUCUAUGCUGCUCUGGCCUGGUACCUGGACAACGUCUUCCCUGGACAGUACGGCAUUGGUCGCCCCUUUUACUUCCCCUUGCUGCCAUGUUACUGGCUCAACAGUGUUGCCCCAGCCUCUGGAAAUUACAAAACUGAACUGGAGAAAAAAGGCUUUGACAAUCUGACGAGCAAGGAGCAAGGAGAGAAAAAGGCUGUUGGGGAAACCGCCGAGCAGGUGGAACCACGAGCUAAGGAGAAGGAGGACAUACCUUCAUGUGAACAUCAUGAUCAGCGUGAGAAGUUUAGCCACACAGAGCCCAAGAAGAACCAGAAAGAUGAGGAGCCGUUCUUCGAGGCAGAGCCGGCAGAUCUGGUGAAGGGGGUCUGCAUCCAAAACCUGGUCAAGGUAUUCAGCAGCUGCUCCUCGCCAGCCAUCGAUGGACUCACCAUCAACUUCUACGAGAGCCAGAUUACGGCCUUUCUUGGGCACAACGGAGCCGGGAAGACCACCACCAUGUCAGUCUUGACUGGAAUGUUCCCUCCCACCUCGGGGACGGCCACCAUCUACGGCAAGGACAUCCGCUCAGACAUGGACAGCAUUCGCACGUCUCUGGGAAUGUGUCCUCAGUACAACAUCCUUUUUCAGCACAUGACGGUGGCAGAGCACAUUCUCUUCUACACGCUGCUGAAAGGCCGUCCAAUAGCUGAGGCUGAGGAAGAGGUGGAGAACAUGCUGCAGGAUCUGGGCCUUCCCCACAAGAGAGACGAACUGACCCAGAAUCUCUCAGGAGGAAUGCAGAGGAAGUUGUCGGUAGCUUUGGCUUUUGUUGGUGGAGCCAAGGUGGUGAUCCUGGAUGAGCCCACCUCGGGGGUUGACCCGUACUCCAGGCGCUCGAUCUGGGACCUACUGCUCAAAUACCGUCUGGGACGCACAGUGAUCAUGUCCACCCACCACAUGGACGAGGCUGACCUGCUGAGUGACCGAGUGGCCAUCAUCUCUCAGGGUCGUCUUUAUUGCUGCGGCUCACCCAUCUUCCUUAAGAACUGCUUUGGAGCAGGCUUUUACCUCACUCUGGUUCGCAGGAUGACGCACGAGCCGCCUAAUGCUAGCUGCGACUGCACACAGGACUGCUCGUGUAAAUGCUCCAAAUGUUCCACGUUCAAAGCCAACCAGGAAGAAAGCCAAACCCCUGACAGACAGCUGGAUGGUAACAUGGAAAGCAUCACAGCCUUGGUUCACCACCACGUUCCAGAAGCUUGUCUCAUCGAGGCCGUCGGACAGGAGCUCACCUUUCUGCUGCCGAAUCGGGACUUCCAGCCCAGGGCGUACGCCAGCCUCUUCAGGGAGCUGGAGGAAACCCUGGUGGACAUCGGCCUCAGCAGUUUUGGUGUGUCCGACACCUCCCUGGAGGAGAUUUUUCUGAAAGUCACAGCAAAUGGGAAUGCAGCCAACAGGAAAUGUGGUCAAGACAGGAAAUCAUUGCAACAGAUUUGUCGAGCUAGUCUCAGUGGAUUCAACAGAGUGGCUGUUGAGCUGGAGGCACAAAAAGAGACCAAUGGCCAUGGCCCAAAUGAGUUUCCAGAGAGCAGUGCAGGUAAAGGAUCCUACCAGGUCAGAGGCGUCUGUCUCAUCAUCAAACAGUUCCUGGCUCUGUUAAUCAAGAGGUGGCAUCAUGCCACACGCUCCUACAAAGACUUCAUUGCCCAGAUUGUCCUUCCAGCCAGCUUUGUCUUCUUGGCACUGAUGUUUACUCUCAUAGUCCCGCCUUUUGGAGAGUAUCCAAGUGUGACCCUCACUCCUUGGAUGUAUGGGAGACAGUACACGUUCUUCAGCAAUGAGCGUCCCAUGGAUGCACAGAUGAGAUAUUUUGGGGAGGUUUUGCUUGACAAGCCUGGUUUUGGGACCCGAUGCAUGGCCGAUGAACCUUUGGAAGAUUUCCCAUGCAAUAACAUCACCACAGAGUGGGAGAUGCCAAUGGUCAACCCUUCCUUGAUAGAAAUGCUGGAGAGCCCAAAGUGGAGUCCUCUCAGACCCUCUCCGGAAUGUCAGUGCAGCACAUCCAAGAAACUCACCAUGCUCCCUGUGUGUCCUGAAGGAGCUGGAGGCCUGCCACCUCCACAGAGGAUCCAGUCAACUGGAGAUGUUCUGUUCGACCUUACUGGCAGGAACAUCUCUGACUACCUUGUGAAAACGUAUCCCACCCUUAUCAGGACCAGCUUGAAAAGCAAAUAUUGGGUGAAUGAGCAGAGGUAUGGAGGCAUAUCAGUGGGUGGACAGCUUCCUGUUUUAGGAGUGCAGCCGAAGACGCUUCAGGACUUAGCAGCUCAACUGGGACAACUUCUGAACCUUACUGGGGGUCAAUACUCCAAAGAAACACUUAAAGAAAUAGGGAAGUUCCUGAGGUACCUGGAGACAGAGAACAAUGUCAAGGUUUGGUAUAACAAUAAGGGCUGGCAUGCCAUGGUGUCUUUUAUGAACGUGGCCAACAAUGCCAUCCUUCGCGCAAAUCUUCCAAAAGGAGCAGAUCUGAACGAAUACGGGAUCACAGUUGUCAACCAUCCUCUGAACCUGACCAAAGAGCAGCUCUCUGAGAUCACAGUGCUAACUACUUCGGUGGACGCAGUGGUGGCCAUUUGUGUCAUCUUUGCCAUGUCGUUCGUCCCAGCUAGUUUUGUCCUGUACCUCAUCCAGGAGAGGGUCACUCAGGCCAAACUCCUGCAGUUUGUUAGUGGCGUUAGUCCGCUGGUGUAUUGGACGGCCAACUUUCUGUGGGACAUGGUGAAUUACUCCAUCAGUGCAGCGAUGGUGGUGGAAAUUUUUCUGUUUUUCGAUAAGAGAUGUUACACCUCACCAACCAACCUGCAGCCCCUUAUUGCCCUGCUCAUGCUAUAUGGCUGGUCCGUGACACCCAUGAUGUACCCCAUGUCCUUCGUCUUCAGCAUCCCCAGCACAGCCUACGUCUCUCUGUCCUGCAUCAACCUCUUCAUCGGGAUCAACAGCAGUGCCAUCACCUUCAUCCUGGACCUGUUUGAGAGCACUACAGGUCUUUACAGAUUCAACCAGAUGUUAAAGACAGUGUUGCUCAUCUUUCCCCAUUACUGCCUUGGUAGAGGUCUCAUAGACAUGGCCAUGAACCAGGCUGUGACUGACGUCUAUGCUCGCUUUGGUGAGGAUUACAGCCCAGAUCCCUUUAACUGGGACUUCAUUGGGAAGAACCUGUUCUGCAUGGCCAUUGAGGGAUUUGUCUACUUCAUUCUCAACAUCCUGUUUCAGUACCGCUUCUUCCUGGAUCACUGGAUUCCAGAUAGCCCGAACCCUCACAUGCUGGAGGAAGAUAAAGAUGUGGCCGAGGAAAGGGAACGAAUCCACAGGAGUAAAAAUACAUUCGAUAUUUUACGUAUAAAAGACCUGUCCAAGACGUACAGAGGAGCAACGAUCCCCGCGGUGGAUCGGAUCUCUGUUGGAGUUUCACCCGGAGAGUGCUUUGGCCUGCUGGGAGUAAAUGGAGCCGGGAAGACCACAACGUUUAAGAUGCUGACUGGAGACAUAGACGUGACAUCAGGAGAGGCUUCUGUCUCCGGCUACAGCAUUUUGACCAACAUCCUGGACGUCCACCAGAACAUGGGUUACUGCCCCCAGUUUGGUGCCAUCGACGAGCUUCUGACAGGAAGAGAGCAUCUGCACCUGUACGCCCGCCUCCGAGGGGUCCCAGAGUCUGAGAUCAGCAGGGUGGCUGAAUGGGCCAUCCAGAAGCUGGGUUUAUCAGAGUACGCAGGUCGAAGCGCUGGGACCUACAGCGGCGGUAACAAGAGGAAACUCUCCACCGCCAUUGCCAUGAUUGGCUGCCCCACUCUGGUGCUGCUGGAUGAGCCCACCACAGGCAUGGACCCCCUCUCCAGACGCUUCCUUUGGAACUCCAUCAUGAGUGUCAUUCAGGAUAGAAGAGCGGUGGUCCUCACCUCACACAGCAUGGAAGAAUGUGAAGCGCUCUGUACCCGCUUAGCCAUUAUGGUUAAUGGAUCCUUCAAAUGUCUGGGAACUAUUCAGCAUCUCAAAUACAAGUUCGGUGACGGCUACGUGGUGACCAUGAAGAUCAGGGCGGCCAAGCCCGGCUGUCUGCCUGACCUGAACCCGGCCGAGGCUUUCAUGGAGAGCACCUUCCCUGGCUCCAUCCAGAGGGAGAAGCACUACAACACUCUGCAGUAUAAGAUCUCCUCUCCAUCUCUGGCCAGGAUAUUUCAAAUGGUCCUGGCUAACAAGGACAAGCUAAACAUAGAGGACUACUCUGUGACCCAGACGACUCUUGACCAGGUGUUUGUGUACUUUGCCAAGCAGCAGUCCAGAGAGGACGACACCAUUGUUCUGCACCCGAAAGCUGCUGGUGCACAACGGUACAUUGAAACCACGGCCAUCAAGUCUUACAGGAAGUAAACCGAACCGGACAGGAGCUCCGGGUGUUCGCUUCACUGCUCCGUUGAUUUUAGCAACCUGCCAUACUUCGUUUUACUACUCUGGUAUAGUUAAAAAAAAAAAAAAAAGCUCUGAAAUCAAAUUUAACUGAAGGGACUGGUUUAAUUGGCUAAAACAAGUUUAGCAGAAGGAAGUCAUGUGAAUCAAUUUUUUUCUCUUUUGCGUUUUGAUAAAACAAAGUUAGUUUAGUGGAGCAUUUAUGUGCCUGCUGCAUGUUCCGCGCCCUGCUCGCCUUAGAACCGGAUUUUACAGACUUGAAAUAUAUAGGGGUGAACCGAUUGCAGUUUUCUGGCCAAUUGCUGAUCUUUAAAAAGCCUGACCUGCCAAUCGCAAUUUUGAAGGAUACCAGUUUAUUUAUUGUUUUGUCUGAAAAGUCGCUAAAUGUAGCGACAAGUUGCUAAAGUCGGCAACAGUGGUGUGACCAUUGUUAAUUGCGGUUCCAUAAUUAAGAUUUCAUCGACACACCCCUAGUGAAAAAGGACGGGGUCGUCUUCCGAAGGAACAUCAGAAAGUGCGUACCGCGUCGGCUUGGAAGACGGCGUAGCUCUUUGUACUUUCUGCUUCAAAUGCCAAGCCAGAAACUUUUCAACUGCCUUUAUAUCCCUGUGAAAGAAGCACUUGAACAAGCUUAGUUUUUCACCUUUUUUUGCACUUUAUUGAUUACAAGCGUCACAAUCUCCUGUGUUUUGACAGUAUUUUAGUGAAAUACAUUUACUGAUUAUUACAAAAUCCCUGGGCUGCUGCAAACUCAUUUCAGCCCGUUGUAACUUUUUUCUUUUUGAACGUUUAAAUCUUCCAAAUGCUUUUCUUAUACGUGUCCAGCUCUGAUUUUUCUUGCUCACAUUUAUUAGACUUGGUGUCGUUAAAGGGUGAGGAAUGAAUGUGAAUGUUUCUGAGAAGCAUCAAAUCAAAUAAAGUGCGUUUCUUUAA